CCCCGCCCCCCCCCCCGCCCGCCGUCCGCCGUCCCCCUCCUCGGGCGGGCGCCCGCGCGCGCGGCGCCAUGCUCCUCGGGUGGCCGCCGCCGCUCGCCCGCAGCCUGACCUACGGCGCGGAGGCGCUGCUCCCAGGGCCCGGCUACGGCGAGGGCGCCGCGGGCGCGCGGGCGUGCGGCGAGCAGGCUGCCGUGGCCGGCGGCGAGCGGGCGGCCGCGGGCGCGGGCGGCGCGCGCUGGGAGGAGGGUACGCGCCGCUUCUGGUGCGCCACUGGCGUGAACGCGUACGACAUCCCGGACGGCCACGAAUGGCAGCGGGCUUUCGGCGCCGAGCUGCGGCGGCACGUCGGGGAGGCGCCGAGCGGCGCGGGGCCGCGGGAGGGGGGCGCCGCCGACGCCGACGCCCGCGGGGAGAGCCCGCCGACGCCCCGCACCCCCACGACCCCGGGGCCGAGGCCGGAGCGCCCCGGCGACGACGGGGCCGCCGCCGCGCGGCGGCCCGGGGGCGCCGCCCCGGCGUCCCCGGAGACGCCAAGGAAGGAGCGGCAGCCGCCCCCGCAGAGGCACUCGCCGUCCAGGUCCCCCCCGCAGCUGCACCGGCACGCCCUCGAGCGGUCCGCCGCCCGCGCCGCGCACACCAAGGCGUUGCUCGGCAUGGGCAAGCGGCCCGGGGUGGAGGUCUUCGUGGACGGUCAGGCCGUGGCGCUGUACCGUUUCGGCGGCCGCGUCUUCGCCGUGGGCGCCAGGUGCCCGCACCAGGGCGGCCGCCUGAGCGACGGAGAGGUGGGCGACAUCGAGGACACCGCGAGGGGCGGCGGGUGCCGCACCGCCUACGUGACCUGCCCCGUGCACAAGAUGCAGUUCGACCUCGCGAGCGGCAGGGUCCUCCGCGGGAGCUGCGCGCCCCUGGCGACGUACAGCGUCCGGCUAGCCGAGGGCAGCCGCCCGGGCGUCGCCAUGGUCGAGGUGGGCUUCCAGUCGCUGGCCGAGAGCUACUUCCAGGGCGACCCUGGCGACGGGGCCUGGUGAGAGGCUCGGUCGCGUGGACCUGUGCGGCGGCUCCUUGCUCGCCCAAUCCCUCUCCCUGGAGGAGCAGCUCCCCCCUCUGUCGCACCACCGGGCGCGUCCGAGUCCGUAUGCCCGGCGGUUCGCUGGAUACCUCUUGGGGUCCGACGGUCCUGACGCUAAUACAUGCUUGAUGCAUCGCGUGUUUACUCCAAACCCCCCUCCUCUUUUGCCACCAUGUGCUGUUUUUUGUUGACUGCCACGCGCUUCGCGCCACCCGGGCUGUUUCGGGACGGUGGUUGCUCAUCGAGCCAUGUCUUUUUUUCCCCUCGGUUGGAGCAGAGCAGCUCGGGCCGAGCAAGGACGCGCAAGACGGCAGUAGCCAUAGGCAGUUGGUGCUUUGAGCUCCAGCUUAGACGCGCGAUGCAGAUAGCCUGCGCCUGCAGAGAACUCCUUUGAAGCUGUAAAGCAGAGCUUGCCGCGCACAGGUUUAGCAAGAUACGGAGAUACGGCGUAGGGCGGGCCUGAUCGGGCCUCGGCAUAAGCUCCGAGGGCCCGUCACGCGCCUCCUGUUGCCGGCCGGCGCCUCCGAAGCGGGCCCGCCCGCCGCGAGAAACAUCGGGGCGUGCGAGGUGGAUCGGGAGGGGCCAAGAUUCAUUGGCUAACAUGGGCCAUGGUAAUCAA